AUGGCCUUUUCCACAGAGCUGAUUGGCAUCCUGCUUAUGGCAGCAUCGGGGCUGGCGGUGACUUGCGAGAUGGUCACCAGUAAGAUCAUUGAGGACAUGCACUGGCCAUACUGGUACCUCUUGGCAGCUUGUUGCGCCGUCGCCACCAUCGCGAACGGGUUUGUCCUCUGGUGGCAGGGAGUGGGCUGCCCACAGGUACAGGAUGUCAAGUGGAUUCUUGCGCGAGCCCUCUUCGAGAACCUACAUUGGAUGUUGGCCAUUUAUGCGGUGCUGGUCGGGGCUGCUCCGGGCGAUGUGGCUGCGCUCACAAGCAUCGACAUCAUCGCAGCAGCGCUGUUGGGCCUUCUGUUCCUGGGGGAACGAGUCAGCGUUGUCCAUUUCGUGGCCUUGGUUCUGUCAGUCACCGGCGCCAUUUGCAUCUCGCAGCCGCAAUUUCUCUUCGGGAUCGUGGAGGGGUCAAAGCAAUCCCCCCUUGGGUACUGCCUGGCGAUGCUGGCUGGCUGCUUCCAAGCUGGUGCUUUCGUCUGUGCCCGCAAAUCGGCCCACCUCCCAGUGUCUCUGCUCACCGUUGUGUCACUCUUUCUGACUGUGCCGCUGGCCUUCGUGCCGCCAUGCCUGAGCCCUGGCGCCGACUCCAUGGACCUAGUGAUGGAGAAGCCUUGGGAGGCCCUGGGCCUUCUCUCCAUGAUGACGGCCUGGGUCUUGUUCUCCAUCUUGCUUCCGGCAGCGGGGGCCACAAGAUGCCCGGCGGCGGUCAGCGCCACGGUCUUCACGUCCUCCAGUAUGAUCUCGGGCUACCUGGCUCAGACCGUCCUCUUCGAUGAUGUCCCCAAGCCACUGAAGCUCUUUGGAGCUGCGUGCAUGCUGUUCAGCGUGGUGAUGAUGGCGGUCCGCUGCCAGAGGGAUGAGGAACCGGAGCCUUCCUGCGCAGAUUGCUCCGCAGAACCCGCGCCAGGGCCCGAAGCCAGCGUAGCUGAGGAGGACGACGAGACGAUGAGCCUGGGAUCCUUCGUUGCCUCGGAGGUCUCCUUCACGUCGAGCUCCAGGAGCCUGCGGCGGCGCAUCAGCACGGGCAGCUCGAAGCCACUGCCACAAAGGCUUGGCGCCUGCUUGCCUGUGGUGUCCUUGUCUCAGCUGUCGGCUUGA